UGACAAUCAUCGAAUUACCUGCGAGGCUCGAUCGACUAUAGUUUCGCGCGAUUCCCCACCGCGAGACGAAUUCUUUGCUGGUUAGUCGUCCCUCGAUCGUCGAACGAAAUCGAGAUCGUCCAGAGCUGCGAUCGCAGCGAGUCGAAGUCAUUUAAAUCGGUGGUUGUCGAAGAAUUCAAACUUUCGGAGCAGGAACGUCCGAUCUAUAGAACCGAAACUGGCCAGUUCGUCGACCAGUGAGAUCAUUGUCGCUUCCAGUCCGACUGGUGGAUCGGUAUUCCGGUCCGCGCGACAGCGGCUUAAGGCGCGAAAAUAGAGUCUGUGGAGCCGUCGGUGCAGCCAGAACCCCGCUACGCAUUUAGUCUUUAACUGGAAGCAUCCGCGAGCGGAACGAGACGCAGUAGCGGCUGCCUCGAAGUUUUCCGCGAUCUAACUGCGCUCAACCACCGGGUGUCCCUUCGGAACUGGUGGCUCGGUCGUCGCGGUACGACGAUGCGAGCGUUCCUGGAAGGGUGCAACAAGUGCGAGGCGCGAUCUUAAGAUGGUACAAGCGACCUGGGUGUUAGGUCUGGUGAACCGUCUCGAAAUAGAUCGUGUCGUUGAAGGUGCACGAUGAAAGUAUUUCGAACUCGACUCCUCGAUCGAGGAUCGUUUGGUUAGAUCGGUCCUUUCGCGACUCUUUGGAUGCGUCGGAUCGGGCCGACCUGCAUCGAAAAUCGUGAAGGACGGGGCUCGAUAGGGCGAUAGAUCGUGUCGCUAGACCAACCAGACAAGGGAGAGAGAAGCUCCGGGAAUAUGGAAACCGAAGGGAUCGAGCAUCGGCCGGGCAGUUCCGUCGAAAAACAGUUUGUCUGGAUGCUCUGUAAAGCGGGAGUACCUGGAAUAUUGGUCGAAAGUUUCGAAGCUUUCGGGCGGUUUUGCGCGAACCUGAUUCCAAAGAGAAUAAGCCUGGGUUUCUUGCGAGUCCUGGCCGCGCUGCUGGUGAUCGUUGUACCCCGAUCGAUCACUUACCUUUUGCUGUAUCCGAUUUUCAGAUUAGUGUUCGGCAAUUUGUAUCCGGCCUACGCUUCGUACAAGGCGGUGCGGACCAAGAAUGUCAAAGAAUACGUCAAAUGGAUGAUGUACUGGAUCGUGUUUGCACUGUUCACGUGCGCGGAAACCUUCACCGACUUCUUCUUUAGCUUCUGGUUCCCCUUUUACUAUGAAAUUAAAACUAUUCUGGUGGUGUGGCUGUUGAGCCCAGCCACCAAGGGCUCGAGCAUCCUUUAUCGUCGCUUCGUCCAUCCGGCUUUGAUCCGCCGUGAGGCCGAAAUCGACGAAGCUCUCGCACGCGCGACGGAGCAGGGUUACACGGCUGUCUUGCACCUUGGCUCGAAGGGUGUCAACUAUGCCACCACGGUCCUCAUGCAGACCGCCAUAAAGGGUGGCGGCGGACUGGUGCAGCAUUUGAAGAAGAGCUACAGCCUGAGCGACCUGACCGGCGAGAAGGAGGACGAGAAUAGAAACACGUCGCACAUGCACGACGAGACGGACAUGGAAGUGGAACCUCGUCGAAGGGAGCACGUGGGACGAAGAGGCUAUAGUCCUCGCCGGACACAGUCGAGUAGCAAUCGUGUGGAGAUGUACUUCUCCGAGGUGGACGUCGAUGUUAGACAACCCAGGCCUAGGGAACCGACAGCUAGCUUAAUUAAUAUUAGAUCUUCGGACGAUAUAUCCAGCGGAUACAGCAGCGGAGAAGCGUUGCAAUCUACUCGUUCGUCUCAGGGUGAUUCGUUAGUUAGAACAUCGAGCGUCGGCGCAAGAACACGUGCAAAACCCCGCUCCACCGCGAAGAAAACGCCAGAGGACGCAGGAGGAGAGGAUUCCGACAGCAACGAUCUCCCUUCCCCCAAAAACAUCUCACUUCCGACACCUCUAAGUCUCGUCACCCCCGAACAAGCUCUCGAGAUCUUGCUUCUGCUAUCGAAAAACAGUAAUGUUGCAGAUUAUAUAAAAUUCGAUCGUGGAUCCUUUGUCGCAGGUAACGAUGAUUUAGUCGAAAACACCAGUCAAUCAGGCCCCGAACCGCUGAAACUCGAGUCAGAAUCGAGAUCGGACUCUGCUCUGACCGCAGAGGUUCAGAUCAUUCAGAGUAUAGAGACGAAAACUGUCCCUGAACAAUCCGCGAGCGUCCAAGAGACAAAAACCGAGGGAAGUUCGGAGACUUCACCUUCCAUCAUUGACCAAGUUCCUUCGAUAGUUUCCGAAAAAUCUGUCAAAGACGUGGACCGCUCGGUGACCGACGAACUAUGCCAGAACAAGUUCGACGAACUGAAGCAGCUUCUCAGCGAAGCCCACAAGGCUGUUAAUAACAUCGUCCAUACUCAAGAGCAACCGAAACUCACCGACACCGAUGACUCCGAGACGUCCCAGAAACCCCCGCAAGAUGAAAAUAUUAAAGAAAUAUACGACGAAACCUUAAAGAAAGUGCCUUCGAAAGUCGACGAAGAAUCGAAAACUGUGGCGUCCAAUGAUCCGAUAAAAAUAAUUACGGAAAAUGACAAUGCCUCGACCUUGGAUUUAUGGGCGACUCCGAACGUAUCGAGGAGCAAUUCCGAUAGCAUAAAUCGCUCGGGAAAGUAUCACAAGAAGCCAGCGCCGAAAAUACCUCUCACGAGAAGCGAGGAAGAUUUGGCGACCGACACCGAUUCCCAGAACGCGGUGAAAGCCACGCUGGUGAUUAAAACCGGGACUCUGAAGACGUUCUCGAACGCCGGUGCUCCGAAGGACGUCUUCAUCGCCCACGUCGCGGACAAAUCCAAAGGAAAGAAGUCCAAGAGACAGAGGACCAAGGAAGGGUUCUCGAAAUUGUUGACGAUUCCCAAAAAUAUUUUCCACGGCGCCUUCUCCAGGGACCAGAAAGGUUCCUCCAAAGCUGACGACUCCAGUCCGGACGUUAGCGCUUCUCAGUCGAGAUCGAACAGCAUCGAGCCGCAGGAAACGAUCAUAGAACUUGCUCCAAAAUCGUCCAACUCGAGUCAAGAAACAAACGACAAGAGCGACGAUACUUCAAACAGCUCGGAUAUUUACAACGACGCUGAAAAUGCGAACAAAGUCGAGGAAGAGAAGAACGAUGGAACGCAAAUAAGAGAAAUGUCUCAGUCGCCGAAAGUUGGGAGAAAAUUGGAGUCGGACAUUUACUAAUUUUACCAGAAACGUAACAUAGGAAGGCGAGAGUUAGACGGGUCUAAUUGACUGGUUUUCAGAGGCGAAUUAAACAACCCUUGUGUCAUCCAUCCUUUCCCAUCCCCCUCACUGUUUAAAUACUCUACCAUAUUGGAAAUCUGGAGAGAAGAAUCGGAUUAACUCGUUCAGAUCAUAACAAGCUUUGCCACCCUCCCCCGCAGCAAGAAGGUCAGUAAGAAGAAGGUGGCAUGAAAUUUAGGGACAG